ACAAAGGAAAGUAGAAAGACCUUGGGCUGCAGCACAGCUUGGAUAUGUGGCAUGGGGCCAAGAAUUUGGCAAAAAGGAUCCAUGCUGCUUCACAGGUCAAGGGUCAGUCCAGUUUGAGCAGUUGGCUAAAAGACAUUGUCAACCACUUUUGGUGGUGCUGCAAAACAGCAGAUUCUUACCAAGAGUUCCUUGAGCUGUGGCUUGGUCUCCUACAUCAUGUGACAAAUGAACACAGGUGGGUCCUGGGAAGCUGCCAGCAUGCAGACUUAGAAUCUGGUGGAACUCAACAGUGGCUUGAGCGAGGCUCCAUGGCACAUGAGGCCCUGAAGAGCAUCGUUAGAAACAAGCGGUGGCUUAAUGAGGUCCACAAAUAUCUAAAUUUUAGGUCCACUGCUGAUCUGGAGUCCUUCCAGAACCAUAUUUUAAUGUACGCUAGCAAGCGCACAGCAUUUAGAUCUCCUGUCUUUGAGGCCAGGCUGCUCCUUGCAGCGAUGGACUAUAAUUACCACAAGGACCGCCCAGAGUUGUGUAAAUCUGAUGGAAGCAAACAGUACAGGAGGCUGUACAAGAAGAAUGCUCGCAGGUAUAUGCUAUACACUCGGAAGACAUCCAAGACGUAUGGCUACAUCCCAGAACUGCAACUAUGA